GGCACGCCGUACGUGAUGACGACAGCAGACGUGAGGAUGGCGGCUGUUGUGUCGGCGGAGCUACGGUACAGGGACGGGAAGAGCCGAAAUCUAUGCGUGCGGGUGGAUAACAGCCUUAGCUCCCUCAUCAGCGGGGUUAACGAGCUGUCAGUGAACUCAUCUGUUAUUCUGAACGAGUUGGUGGAGCAGGAAAAGCCGCGCGGAGGCCAAGCACGCGGUGAAGAAGAGAGCAGUGAUGAUGAGGACGAUGAAGACGAGCUGAAGUCAGAUCCGCAGCCUCCUACCAAAAGAUCUAAAACCUGAAUCAUCAGUAGACAUUGCCCACUGCUGGCCAACUGGACCCUUUAUUUUCAUAAUUUUGCUGCAUUUCUGUUGUCAUGGUAACCAGUUUUUCAUGUUAUUAAACACACAAAAGACUGCU